AUGUAUACUUUAUUUAAUUGUACCAAAUAAAAUAUGAUCACAUUUGUAUUCCAUUUAGAGAGAACUUUAACGGAAACCGCUGGAAGAUGACAUUUAAAUGAGCAGUAGUUGAAGUAUUUACGUUAACAAAGAUUAUGUCACAGAAUCACCGGAUGUGGUUCGCGUAAAAUGUCGUCAUGUGAAGACGGGUGUCCGGUAGGACGUGGACUUCCAAGGUCGGGAGGGCUGGAAGCAGGCAGCCACCCAGGAGCGCUUCCUCCUCAGAGGGCCGGCGCAGUGCAGGUCUGCGGGUGGGCCCAGCACAUCGGGGACACCGGGGACACCGGGGCACGAGCAGAGGUGAGGGUGGGCUUGAGCCCCCUCAGCUCGGGCUCGGUCCCUGAAGGUUGGGUCAGGACAGAUUUCGGUCAGUGGGAUAAUCUCAGAACCGGCCAUUGAUUUUUCACCGGCUUCGGCUUCUCACAUUUUAGAAGGGCUUCCUCCCAGUUAGGAAACUGCUCUGUAAUCAGUGUCAUCCUGUACUCUGUACUUACUGGCCUCGUGUUUUUCUGUCCACACCAGUGUUUUGUUGGAGCGGCGUAGUGAUUGUACUGAAGUAACUAUUGGGACGCAGAAGGGAAGCCAUCUUUACGGGCUGCGGACCGUUUGCCAGGGCUUACAUCUGGGUUUCCCCAGCCCGGCACUCCGGCGGGGCUUCCAGAGAAUUAAGAAGAAAGAGCUUCCACAAUCACAGCAAAUGAAGAUCCCCUGGUAAAGAGAUUGGGAAUUUUGGCCUGCCCUCCAAAGAAAAGACAUGCCAAUAUUUGGUCUCUGUCCAGCCCAUGACGAUUUCUACUUGGUGGUGUGUAACGACUGUAAUCAGGUUGUCAAACCGCAGGCAUUUCAAUCACAUUAUGAGAGAAGACAUGGCUCAUCCAAGCCUUCUUUGGCCGUCCCUCCCACUUCAGUAUUCCCCUUCUUCCCUUCUCUGUCCAAAAGCAAAGGAGGCAGUGUGAGCGGGAGCAGCCGCCCUUCCAGCGGAGGGCUUCUGAGCCCGGCCUCCUCCAGUUCCAGGUUGCUGAAGUCACCCAAAGAGAAACCGCAGCUUCGGGGAAACACCAGGCCAAUGCACCCUGUUCAGCCAAGUAGAGGCCCGCACAGCAGAAUCAUGACACCCUCUGUGAAAGUGGAGAAGAUCCAUCCAAAGAUGGACGGCACACUACUGAAAUCUGCAGUGGGGCCGAGCUGUCCUGCUACUGUGAGUUCCUCGGUCAAGCCUGGCCUUAACUGCCCCUCGAUACCAAAGCCAACCUUGCCUUCACCUGGACAGAUGCUGAAUGGCAAAGGGCUUCCUGCACCGCCCACUCUGGAGAAGAAAUCUGAAGACAGUUCCAAUAGGAAGUUUUUAAAUAAGAGAUUAUCAGAAAGAGAGUUUGAUCCUGACAUCCACUGCGGGGUCAUUGAUCUCGACACCAAGAAGCCCUGCACUCGGUCUUUGACGUGCAAGACACAUUCCUUAACCCAGCGGAGGGCUGUUCAGGGUAGAAGAAAACGAUUUGAUGUGUUAUUAGCCGAGCACAAAAACAAAACCAGGGAAAAGGAAUCGAUUCGCCAUCUGGACUCUCAGCAACCACUGCAGCCUCUCAGGGACCCGCACCCCGCCCCUCCCCGAGCGCCCCAGGAGCCACACCAGGGAGCUCGCGGGGCGACUCCCUCCGAAUCAAAGCCUUUCGUAGCUAGUAACCCCAAACCGAACACCCCCAGUCUUCCGAGGCCUCCAGGCUGCCCUGCUCAGCACGCUGGGAGCGCCCCCAUUGACCCUCCUCCAGUCCAUGAGUUUCCUCACCCUGCCCCGCCUGCCUCUGAGCCAGCUUCUCGGUUAUCCAGUGAGGAGGGCGAAGGCGAUGACAAAGAAGAGUGUGUUGAGAAACUGGACUGCCAUUAUUCAGGUCAUCAUCCUCAGCCAGCAUCUUUUUGCACGUUCGGGAGCCGGCAGAUCGGCAGAGGCUAUUACGUGUUUGACUCCAGGUGGAACCGACUUCGCUGCGCCAUCAGCCUCAUGGUGGAGAAGCAUCUGAACUCACAGCUGUGGAGGAAAAUUCCACCAGUGUCCAGUGCCGCAUCGCCCAUCUCCACGCGAGCUCCUCACCGGACAAACUCUGUGCCGAUGUCACAGUGCGGGGUUGGCUACCUCGCAGCAGUUACUGUCUCCACACCCCCCGCCCUGCUGUCACCCGCCUGCAUCUCCCCAAACAGCAAAGCGGUACCAGCGCACGGAACCACGCUGAAUGCACAGCCUGCCACCUCUGGGGCCGUGGACCCUGUGUGCGGAUUGCAGUCCAGACCUGCGUCCUCGUCCUCCUCCCCGCCGGCGCCCUCGGGUCUCUCCUCCGUCCCCUCCUCCCCCAUGUCCAGGAAGCCUCCCAAGUUGAAAUGCAGCAAGUCUGUGAGGCCCAAGGAGGCUUCUGGUGCCGGCACUAACUGUUACAACGCCAGUAGCAGCAGCAGCAGUGGCUCAGGAAAGAAACGCAAAAACAGUUCCCCACUGUUAGUUCACUCCUCCUCCUCCUCCUCCUCCUCCUCUUCUUCUCAUUCCAUGGAGUCUUUUAGGAAAAACUGUGUGGCUCACUCCGGGCCUCCCUACCUGUCCACAGUGACGUCGUCCCAUGGCCUGAGCCUCAACUGCGUGACAAACCGUGUGCAUUCGGGGAGCCUCCGGCACGAGCAGUCAGGGAGGGGCCCCCCCGGCGGGAGCCCCACGGAGUCCAUCAAGCGCAUGAGUGUGAUGGUGAACAGUGGCGACUCCACACUCUCGCUGGGCCCGUUCGUGCACCAGGCCAGCGAGCUGCCUGUGAAUUCCCACAGCAGUUUCCCCCAGUCCCACACUCCUCUGGACAAGCUCAUAGGCAAGAAGAGAAAGUGCUCCCCAGGCUCGAGCAGCAUCAGCAACAGCAGUAGCAAACCCACGAAGGUUGCCAAGUUGCCAGCCAUGAACAACGUCCACAUGAAACACACAGGCACCAUCCCAGGGGCACAAGGGCUGGCGAACAGUUCCCUCCUCCACCAGGGUAUCUUCUCACCUUGCUUACGAACAGGAAUUUCAGCAGCAGCACCCCAGAGCCCUGACUUAAAAUCCAAAGGCACGUCCCUGACAGCCGAGAACAGCACGAGGAGGAGCGGUGCAGACGCUUUUGAGGACAAGUUACACCUCCACUCCGCGCUCUGGACUCCACGAUGCCUUUGAGCCUCUUCCAGCCUCCGUGGCCUCAAGGGUGCUGCUGGGCAGCUGCUUCCCAGGACCUUCCGGAGUUCGCUCUGUAGCAGUGAGUACCCUAAAGGACGCUGGGUCCGGCAGCCCAACUGCUUCUACCGGUGUUACGGUGGUCUGGACUGUGAGAAGUUGGUGUCUCAUGUGUUGUUACUUGCAGUGUAUCACGGAGCUACUCUUGGGGUUGACUGGCAGCUGGGCAAAGGAACGUGUAGGCGGGAGCGUUGCCAUAGACUCUCCCUUCUCCCUCUCCCUGCCCACCACUUUCCACACUCUUCGGUGGGUUGCGCUCCAGCGGGUGGGCACCUUGACUCUGGGAACCUGAGACCUCGCAGGGGGAGGGCUGUGCUUAGCCCCUGGAAGGGAGGCGACGCCGUGGGGUGUCCGCAGUGCAGUGGACACCGGUGCCAGCCGUCAGGACGGAGCCGCCCCGCCCUCGCAAGUAAUUUGGAGUAAGAAGCUGCCGACUUUGAAACCUCCAAACUGCUUUGAAGCACUGAUGCCCAGACAGCAAGUGUAAACCACGGUGGAGGCUAACUUUUCAUGGUACAAAAGCAAUUCUGUGUGACUUAAGAAAAGGAAGAAAAUGCAAACUAGUGUGAUUGACGGAAAGCCAGCCUGGGGGAGGGGGAGGGGCGGGAACAUAAAAUCACAGUUGGGGCGCAGGGGCUUCUUCCAAGACUUCCAAAGAGAUGGAAUUUUUUAUCCUUUAGGUUGUCAUGUUAAACAGUGUGUCAGAUUGGGUCGACUGUCCUACCCAGUCUUUUUUAAUUGCCUUCUUAAAGUGAAAUUAUUAGGGUGUACGUAAAUCUUUCCCAGGUGUUACCCUUGCCUCUGGAUGCUGUCCUGGGACCGUUGUGUCUCCUCCAGGGCCCCUGGUUGUGUGUCCCGCCCCUCAGCCUGGUGAAGGGAGUCUGGGUGCAGAUCCAAGGGCACCUGGACUGCCACACAGCACCUGCACAGGGUGUCCUGGGUGCGCAGUGCUUGCUGCCGACCCCACACCCUUUCUUGGAAUCCGUGCCAUGUCUUCCUGGUGUAGUGUUUGGGAGCCUCCGGGAUACUUCCGGAGCGUGCUCUCUGUGUUAGAACAGCGUAGCUUGAGGAGGGCCACUGCAUGCUAGGGUUGGCGGCCCCCACCUCCCCCGCUCCUGGGCCGAGACCCAGGCCCUCUCCCGAGAAGGCACAGAGUGGCUGGACACAGGGUAAGAGUUCAAGGCUCGGGUCAUUGCCCUGGACAGAGCCGGUCAGUGCAGCCUUUGUUUCCCUAUAGUUCUUGGGUUACAAACUUAAGUUUCAGGGAAUUUCAAGUCAACAACAGGUAGAAUGAAUAAAUACUUGGUUACCAGCCUAAUAAUGUGAAUUGCUACAGAAUUAUUCUUAUUAUGUAAGAAAACAAUGACUUUAUGCAGAUACUUUAGCUAUAAAUUGAUGUAAAAUACUGAUUUUUUUUUUUUAAAGGAAGAGGCGAACAGUGUCUUGUUCACUUAUUAUGCAAUCAAUCAGUAAAUGUUUUUUAAAAGAUACUAUAUGAGAGCUACUAAGGAGAGAUCAUGCAUGGAUGGCCAGUUUGGUGUGGUUUGGAAAAAUCAGCCUGGUUCCAUCCCAGCGGGGGUGGGGUGAGAGGGAAUCAGAACGUACUUAGUUGAUUCCUUGGUAACAAGUGCAAUGGGGUACGGGAAGAAUUUACUUUCAGAGCCAAGGGGACUUGGUGGUUAUAAAUUAAGUUGUUUUUCUUGAUGGAAUUUAUAGACAAGACAGAUCAUGUUGUUCUGAAAGAUGUGACUAGGACCCAUGAUAGCAAGCUGAUUCAGGAUAAUGUAGAUACUUAGACUAGCGAGUGUUGAUCAUUUGAUUUCUUAGGCUGAAGUUUUAAUUGAAUUUCAUUAUGUCUCCCGGUAACACACAGAGCAUCGGGAUUAGGAAAUUAGCCAUUUUGGAUUCUGCCUGCCGCAAACAGACCUAUCUAUUCUAACAGUGCUGUUGAAUUUUAGACUGUUCAAAUAUUUUAUUUUCUUCAGUAACUACUUUUUAUUAUGAUGAACAAUUAAGACCACUUAGAAAACACGGGAGUACAAGUAUUUUUUUGAAUUAAAUUAACUUACAAAAACCAAAUUUGCAGUGGUUGGGUUGUUUCUAGACAGACUUUGGUAUCAAUUUAAAACCAAGAUAAUUUUUAUAUUCUUUCCAAUAGAAUUUCAUGACAACUUCUGCAGUUUUCAUAACCUACAAAAAAAAGUGCUGCAAUGAUGAACAAAGGAUUAUACAGAACCUACUUUUGUAUCUUUAUUUUGGGAUUUCUUGUUCUAUUAUAAAUAUGGAAGUAUCCCUAUUUCAGAAGACAUAUUUUGUUAAAGAUGAAUUGUACAUAUUUAAAUAUGUAUUUUUGCACAGGUCUUUUUUUCUGAUACCCUGUUUUGGUACAAUUGAGAUCAUCUAGUAUUUAUUUAUUAAUUAAUAAAAGUAAAUACCUUUUUAUAAUUUGAAGUGGUUCACUGCCAAGCCAAUAGUCCUAGAGCCCGCCUCCUUCACCGUUAGAGGGACGCCUCUGUCCUGUGAACGUCUGCGUCCCUUUCCUUGUCCGGAAGUGGGUUCGUGCGGGUGAAGUGGGCACUGCUUCUCCCUAGUUGCCCGAUUUCCCUAUAGACUACAUGGAACUAAGUGACACACUGCUUUUCUUUUGUUAGUGUUGUGUGUGUGUGUGUGUGUGUGUGUGCGCAUGCGUGCACACAUGUGUGUGCAUAUGUGCCCAUGUGUGUACACUGAGCACAUGUAUGUUAUUAGUAUGUGAUGUGGUUUAAAACUAAUGGAAAAAACUGAAAGUGCCUGAACCUAGUUUUAAGCUUAGACAGAUUCUCUUUAAAAAGACUUGAAUGUUCAGUUGAACUUUUGGAGUUUGCUUUUUCCACCUCAAUAUUGUUUCUAAAAUUUUACGGGGAGGAGUUGAAAAGCACCAGUGCUGGUGACUGUGAGGCGUUUCACAGUUCUGGCCUUUUGGUCUCAGUACUCAGCUGGUGACAGACUGCCCAGUGGCACCGAGGGCUGCAGGAGUGUCAGCCAGUGGCUCACAUGUCUGUCCUGUUAUUCACGCAUAGGAUACAGAGCUUAAAGAGAAUAUUAAAUAUUUUGUAUUCCAAAAAUAUAAUACAAAAAAGUACCUCUGAGAACACUGAAAAUAAUGUGUAAUUUAAAAAAUGUAUCUGAUAAAGGCAGCUGUCUUCCUGCAAGAGAGUUCUGUUGCCAAGGAAUUUCUUAAUGUCUCAUUCUGUCCUGGGGUGGGGGGUGGACUUUGAAAAAUGAUUGUUAAAAGAUUCAUUGUUUAGAAGAAAAUCGUUUUUACAUUUUGUGCAAAACAAUUUACAUUGUCAGAUCAUUUAAAUGAGCACUACAUACUGUCAGUGUGAAUGUAGGGCCGUGAAAGCAUUUUGCUGUUUUUGAGCUUGGUUCUAAAAGCAAUCUCCUGUGUUGAAAUGUGUGAAUAGUUUGAUAAUUUGUACACAUAAUCAAGAGCAUCUCAGCUGGACUUGUGUUGGCUGCUGUGUAGAACAUGAACAAAUGUCAAGGGAUAGAAAAUUACUUUGGAUAUUUAAAAGAGAAGAAAUAUAUAGUCUAUUUGUUUUGUAACAAGUUUCUGUAAAUAAAAUAAUUUAUACUAUUUAUAAGAAAAAGUUGUGCUUUGCUUUAUGAGAAAUUAGUUUGUGCAACAAAUAUGUUACUAAAU